CAACUGUUUCCUUAGACGUGAGCACAGAACAAUUAUUUAGUUCAAAAUUACGUUUGAUCAGGAUUCAGGAUAGUAAUGAAUCGGCACACUUUUCUAGUUUUCUUACUUCCGCUGUCAACUGUCUUAGGAAAUUAUAAAAGAGUGUGCUACUUUACAAAUUGGGCCCAAUAUCGGCCUGGAACCGGAAAGUAUAUGGCUAGUGAUGUAGAUCCACAUCUAUGUACUCACGUUAUCUAUGCAUUUGCUAAGGUGGUGGGAAACAAUAUCGAACCGUAUGAAUGGAAUGAUAUUAAUGAGUGGGCCAAAGGUCAGUUUGAAAUGAUCCGUGAUGCCCGAAUUAAAAAUCCUGCCUUAAAGAUACUGUUAGCUAUCGGGGGAUGGAAUCAUGGAAGUGCACCGUUCACCAAGAUGGUAGCAACUCAAUCAAAUAUAAACGAAUUUGGUACAAAUUCAAUGACAUUCCUUAGAGCCAAUGGUUUUGAUGGUCUAGAUCUUGACUGGGAAUAUCCUGCCAACAGAGGAAGUCCUCCUGAAGAUAAACAGAGGUUUACUCAGUUAAUUAAGACAUUACGUACAAAGUAUGGCAAUGAAGUGUUGACUUCCGGGAGAUCACGUCUUCUGUUGACAGCCGCUGUGGCAGCCGGAAAAACUACAAUUGAAAGUGCUUAUGAAAUCGACAAAAUAGCACAACAUUUAGAUUUCAUCAAUCUCAUGUCAUACGAUUUAUUCAGUGAUUAUAACAGCGUUACACAACAUAACAGUCCUUUAUACGAAUCUUUGGCUCCAAACGAGGCCUUUAAUGUAGAUUUUGCUGUUAAGAUGUGGUUGAAUGGAGGAACACCGAAACAUAAACUGAUUGUGGGAAUGGCAACCUAUGGAAGGUCUUUUACAUUAAGAAACAUAGCUGAGACAGGAUUUGGUGCUCCUACCACUGGUCAAGGUACAGCUGGAACAUAUACCCGAGAAAAAGGAUUCCAAUCAUACUAUGAGAUCUGUACCAAUAUCAACAAUCAUGGAUGGACGGAAGGGUGGUUAGAAGAUCAACAAGUACCAUAUGCCUACAAAGGCGAUCAAUGGGUUGGUUAUGAUAAUCCUAAAAGCAUUGAAAUAAAGACAAAGUAUAUCAUAGACAAUGGUUUAGGUGGAGGUAUGAUAUGGGCAAUAGACAUCGAUGAUUUCCAUGGCAUAUGUGGGCAUGGAAAAUACCCGAUAAUGCAAACAAUGAGGAAGGUUUUCAAUGGAACUGCGGGUCCUCCUGUCUUUGAACCGACCAGCCAAUCAGGUACUUCAUCAACUAAGGGAACAACAACCUACUCUUCUAUAACGGUAUCAACGACUAAAUCUUCAACUAACGGUUUGACGUCAUAUUCAUCAACUAAGGUAUCAAUGACUAAUACAUCAACUAAGGGACCGCUGUCAAAAUCAUCAACUAAAGUAUCAAUGACUGAUACAUCAACUAAGGGACGACCGAUUUCAAAAAUAUCAACAAAGGUAUCAAUGACCGAUCCGACGACAAAGACAUCGAUUACUGAUUCAUCAACAAAGGCAUCGAUAACUGUUUCAACUAAAUCAUCGAUGUCAUCAGGCUUACAAGAAGGUUGUAAAAGCAAAAACGGAUCAGUUGAUAUUGUUCUUGGAAUUUUACUGGCUGUAUCGCUGGCAACAAUUAUAAUGUUAAUCCUUUUCAUCUUCAAACUAAAGGGUUACGAUGACAUUCUGUGGCGUAUUACUAUAAAGAAGAUAAAAGCAGGACAGUACAAGGACUUACAAGAGUCUAGUAAUGUAUUGCCGAAUGUGGGUUACGUUUCUGAAAAGGUGAACCAUCAGAGUGAAACUGAUCAAUCUGUUUCUACGGAACCAAGGUUUUAACCGUCGGACAUAAACCUUGAAUAUAGCGAACACAGUUUAAAGCGAAUAUAUCAUUUUUGUCUUUUGUGCCUCACCUGGAUCUAUGUGCAUUUUCCAACACUAACAGACUACAUAAUAAUUCAUGACUAAUAUCUGGGUUUAUUUGUUGGCAUUGCAUAGCGAAUCAUUUUCUAUGUUUUCAGUUUUUCCGACUUUUUCUAGUUUUUGCAUAAUAUCUUAUUUGAUGGUAUAUUUUGCAGUUUCCCAUUUUUUUCAUUUACUAUAGUUUUGAACAAAUAUGCAUAAUAUGAGUAAAAAUCAUCAUUGAAGGGCAAUAACUCCAUCAGGAAUCGACCAAGAACCACUUGACAAAUCUGUCCUGCUGAUCAUUUUUACAAUUUUAAGUUACUCUUUAUCUAUUAUAGUUUUCAGAAUGAAACGCCUAAAGGCAAACAAUUGAUAGGUAUAAUCAUUUGGGCUAUAACUCCUAUAAGAAAUCGACUCACAAUUUCGGUCGCGUUAACUUUAUCUAUUAAAGUCAUCACAUAAUAGGCAAAAAAUAAAGAAAUUUGUAAACAAAUUCAUUCAAGGAAAAUAACCCCAUAAGGAGUCGCUUGACAGUUUUGGUGUAGAUGGCACUCAACAUUCUGCCCAUAUCAGAUUUUAGCGGUUUUGAAGAUAAUGUUUUUGGCCAUGUCGUUCAUGUUGGUUGGGAAGCGGUUUCAUCGGACAUAUUUUUUCAAACUAGAAACCCCAAGGAUGAUUGUGGCCAAGAUUGACGAAGUAGUUUCAAAGAAGAAGAGUUUUGUAAACGUUAACGGACGACGACGGACGACAACGACAACGAACGCUAAGUGAUGAGAAUAGCUCAGUUGACCCUUUUUGUCAGGUGGACUAAAAUGUGACGUGAGCUUCAAGUUUAAUUACCAUAUCGCCUGGUUGGUAUAGGUCAUUUUCUCGCGAUAACUUUCAGCCUAGCAGCACUGGCAUAAUUUGAGUUGUAUAAAAAUGAGUAUGUAAGAUAAUGACCCCUAUUUCUAGCUGAAUUUUCAAAUAAGGAUUUAGAGGUCAUAAUCACAUUGUAGCAUUGCUUCAACAAUUACUAGAUAGAAAAAGGUAAAUUUACGUAUUAGCGUUAUUUCUAUGAUGUCACAAUUAGCACACAUCUUAAUUUUCCGCCAAAUUCAAUAAAAACCUGCAAAUUUCAAAUGGUUUUUUUUACGGAAACAUAGAGCGCAUGCGUCAACAAAAAAGAUUCGUUCUUUUUAUUUUUGUUAUUACAAAUGAAUUAUCUGACUUUAAUAUAUAGUUUGUGAAACCUUGCGCUCUAAGGCCUAAUUUUAUUUAAAAUCCAGAAGAUUUGUGAAAUUUUUCGAUCUAAUUUAACUGGCAAAAUUUUGUAAAAACGUCAAAAAUCGUCACGUUUAACUUUCUCACACAUCAACUGGAACACUCUUCAUCUUGAAACAAAGGAAUCAAUGUUUGGCACCAAAAAAGACUCCCAACAAACCUACUCCAUAAAUUCCGUGUGCGUAAACAAGGUUAAACUACUUCUUUUAAAAAUUACCCAAAAAAUAUAAAACAGUAUGAAUAUUUGGUUUUCUCGUAAAGUCGUAAAGUUGUCUUUUAACACAUUUCUUGGGGAUGUCUGUGUCGUUCGGUGGCUGUCUCAUUGACGUAUCAACCCAAUGUCCCUUUUAUUAUCAAUAUUCAUGUAUCAUAACUUGAUCAGCUUGAUUAGGAUAUAAUCAAUGAUUAUUACAAGGCUACCAGUAAUUUAUGUAAAGUUAGUCAACUGAAUGUACAUUUGAUAUUUUUAUCUCUUGUGUACGUAUUCCUUUAUCUAUGUAUUUGUAAAUAUACUCAGUGUCGUUCAGUAAUACGUAUAUUUUAAGGAACUGUUGUUUGACACUGUUUUUAAGCGAACUUUUAAUGAUAUAUGAAACUACUAACAUGAAUGUUCCCUCAAUCUAUCUAGUGACUCAUAAGUUAUGAUAUCCGUAAUCAUUUGUUUGUACUUUCACUUUCACUUUAACUUUCUUGUUUUCCCAAAAAUAACUGUAUAAUGAUUUUUUAAAACUUUGAUACAUAAAUCACCUUUUGUGUCUACUUUCAGUCUUGUUUGUAAAUACCAUAUAAAUGAAUAAUAAAUCUUAGAAUCAGAA